AUGGAAUCAAGAAUUUCACAAGAAAGGACAAAAGAAGUAAUGGAUGGAGAAUUGUACAGACUCGAAAUUCACUCCAUCACAGGUACUCUCAACGAAGAAAAUUUUGACGAAGUUUCAAAAAAUAUCAUAAAAAUAUUAGAAGUUAAGCCAAAAGCAAGAAUUCCGACAUAUUGCUCCGGGGUUUGUUACGCAUUACUCAAAGACAAGUCUAAAAUUGAUUUGUAUCUACGCAGCGUUGAACAAAUCAUUAAUUCUUUCCCAGGAGAGACAAGGGUUAUCCUCAGACGCUUCAGAGGUGCUGCUGCAACUUCCAGAAUAUUGGUCAUUCUUUAUUCAAAGAUCAUCCAGUUGAAAUCAAUAAAAUUUGAUUUGAUCCAAAUCAGCAUUGGCAAUUUCUUCAGAGCUUGCCUAUCAAAAUUCCAAACAUACCAGAGUAUCCUCAUUGCAAUGACCCUCUAUUUCAACUCAAAAGAGCUUAUUGACUUACAUUUUCCACAAAUUUCUACAUGGAUCAAGACAAUCAUUCCUACUUUCUUGUCUUACUUCCAAAACCCACAAGCCGACUUCUUUUUGAAGCAAUUUAAAGCAUUUGUCUUUGACGAACAAAUUAUCGAAUACGAAUGGGACAAUAUCUUCAAAAACGAUGAUGAUUCAAAAAUUACUGAAGAAAUGAUCCAAAAAUCGCCAAUUUACUUCCUUUCCGUAUUUUCAUACGAUAAAUUACUUUAUCCGCCAACUCUGAUAUCAGGAGCUGCCUUCAACAAUGCUAACAAGUGUGUUGAGAAGAUGCUUAAGCUCGGCUGCAACCCUGAUGAGUUGGAUAUUCAAAAUAACGACAUGUUUUACUACGCGGGAACAGUUGGUAACGUCAAAGCGUUAGACUUGGCCGGCCGAACACCCGAUAGACUGAAAAACUUUGUUAAAGGAGCAAUUCAAUUCGGAUUCAACGAUCUCGUCAUAGAAAUGGGAUAUUUCGGUCCUUUCGAUGACGGAGAAACCAUUUUACACCUCUGCGCUUUAUACAAUAACUACCAACUCAUGGAUUACGUCGUCAACAACAAUAUUUGUUCUGUAAACGAGGUUUCGGACAUUGGAGACUUCCCACAACACAAUGCAGCUCGUAAGGGAUCAAUUGAAGCUCUCAUUAGACUAUCUUAUUGCAAAGAUUUCGAUAUCAACGCGAAAAACAUGUCAGAAGUGCUUCUAUCUGAUCUUGCUGCGAAAUAUUUGAACAAAGACUUGGCCAAAAUACUAGAAAACAUCUUUGAAACUAGUUCUAACAUAACUUCUCCUUAUUACGUCAAUUUCUUUGUUGCAUCACUAAAAAUCCAGGAAGAGGGAGAAGAAGAUUUCUCAGAUGAUGAUGCUUAUUUACUUGGCUGA